AUGGCAUCCAGAGACCUGGCCAUGGGGAUCUUCUUCCUAUUCCAGACUGUACUGGGCAUGUUUGGGAACUUAGCUUUGCUUUGCUAUCUCAUUCUUUCUAACUUCAGUGGGAUCAGGGUGAGGCCCACAGACUUGAUUAUCAAACAUCUGACUUUGGCUAACAUCAUGGUUCUUCUCUGCAAAGGAAUCCCUCAGAUAAUGGCUGCUUUUGAUCAGACAUAUUCUCUAGAUAAUAUUUCAUGUAAACUUGUCUUUUAUUUUCAUAGAGUUGCCAGGGGAGUAUCCCUUGGUUCCACAUCCCUGUUGAGUGUCUUUCAGGCCAUCACCAUCAGCCCCAGUAAUUCCAAGUGGACACAGCUCAAGGUCAAAGCCCCUAGGGUAAUUGGUCCUUUCCUAGGCCUGUGCUGGGCCCUGUAUCUACUUACACAUAUCUUUCUCUUAAGUACAGUGACUGACAUGAGGGAUAAAGGAAAUCUUACUGAAUUUAGACAAUUUGUGUAUUGUUUAGUAGUAAAAACUUCCAAACAACCUCUCAAAGUAUAUACAGCCUUAUUGGCUUCCAAUGAUGUUAUAUGUUUGGGAAUCAUGGUGUGGGCCAGUGGCUUCAUGAUGUUAAUCUUGUUAAAACAUAAACAGAGGGUCCAGCAUAUCCAAAAAUCUCUGUCUACUAAAUCAUUUCCUCAGACCAAAGCCACACAAAGAAUUCUUGCCCUAGUGAGCAGUUUUGUGGUUUUUUAUGUAUCCUCUCUCACCUUAAUGGUAUAUUUUUCUUUCCAGGAUGGAACAGAUACAUGGCUGGCCAAUGCCAAUGUGGCCAUGAGUGCAAGCUUCUCAGCACUCUCACCCUUUCUGCUCAUCAGACACUAUAUCAGGGAUUUUCAUCCAGGCAGUACUCGAGUUUAUCAAUAACCAAUUUAUUUGUGUGUAGUCAGAGCACUCUAAAACAUAGACUGUAUACAGUAUUUUAUAUUCAAUAUGACCCCUUCACAUCAGGUCCAUUCUGUAGGGACAGUAUCUCCUAACAUUCUUGGGACACAGUCUUGAAUCCAAUUGCUGUCCAUUGUUUCAACUCAGAAUAUUGUAGUACUAGAUUAAUUCAAUAUUUGGGGUGUAGAGGUUGUUGUGAUUAUUAUGAUGGUUUGUAAAGGUCUGAUCAUCAUUCACUAGUAUGUUGUAUAAACAAAAUUAAUAGACAUUGUUUUUUAGCUAGACCAUCAUCCUAAAGGAAGACUGGAGUCCCAAACUAAUUCUGAGAAACUGAACAGUUGCAUAAGAUGCCUAAGAGAGUGGUGACAGUGGGGCACACUUAUAGUUUGCUGGUGUUGUACAGAACACAGAAUUUAGGGUGUGAUUAGGAUCUGUCUUUCCCAUAUACUGAUGGAUAAUACCAUCUCUGUGAAAAUACCAUGUGAGAUUUGGAAAUGCUACUUUUUUCACAUUCAUGUGAGUAUUUAGAUGUGACAUGACCUGAUCAGAAAUAGGGGAUUAUUAAAUAUAGCUUAUCAGAUACUGCUAA